GGCAGCUGGAGAAGCCUUUGGAGCGGCUACUUAAUGCCUGUCCCGGAGCCGCUAGCACUGCGAGAAGCGCCGUCGGGCGGGGGAGAGGCGAGGACCGCUGGCAGGGCCCUCCAGCCGGCGGCGGAGAGCCACGGGGGGUGGGAGGAACUUCUUCCAGAACCUUCUACUGGCCCGGGCCGCGCUCUGAGCCAGGCACCGCACACGUAUCUGCAACAGGCGACCCCGGGCCGCGGGAUGGCAACGCGCCUCUCGGCGGCCCUGUAACCGGAGCCAGAGGAAGGGCGAGCGAGGCGGGCCUCCCCCGGCCAACCCGUGGAUGCUGGCCGCCCCUUCCGAGCGUCCCCGCAGACAUGGCGGAGAGCUGGCUGCGCCUCCCGGGGUCGACGGAGGAAGCCGGGCCUGAGGGCGGCCUGGAGGAACCCGCCGCCCUGGAUGACAGUCUGACCAGCCUGCAGUGGCUGCAGGAAUUCUCAAUUCUCAACGCCAAGGCUCCGGCCCUGCCCCCGGGGGGCACCGACCCCCAUGGCUACCACCAGGUGCCAGGCUCGGCUGCUCCUGGCUCCCCGCUAGCGGCCGACCCCGCCUGCCUCGGGCAGCCGCACACGCCGGGCAAGCCCACGUCGUCCUGCACAACACGCAGCGCACCCCCCGGGCUGCAGGCCGCACCCCCCGAAGACGUGGACUACUCCACCAACCCGCACGUGAAGCCGCCCUACUCGUACGCCACGCUCAUCUGCAUGGCCAUGCAGGCCAGCAAGGCCACCAAGAUCACGCUGUCGGCCAUCUACAAGUGGAUCACCGAUAACUUCUGCUACUUCCGGCACGCGGAUCCCACCUGGCAGAAUUCCAUCCGCCACAACUUGUCUCUGAACAAGUGCUUCAUCAAGGUGCCCAGGGAGAAGGAUGAGCCGGGCAAGGGCGGCUUCUGGCGCAUCGACCCCCAGUACGCAGAGCGGCUGCUGAGUGGCGCUUUCAAGAAGCGGCGGCUACCCCCAGUCCACAUCCACCCGGCCUUCGCCCGCCAGGCCUCACAGGAGCCCAGUGCUGGUGCUGCGGCCACCGCUGCGUGGGCCGCGCCUCUGACAGUGAACAUGGAGGCCCAGCAGCUGCUGCGGGAGUUUGAGGAGGCCACAGGGGAGGCGGGCUGGGGUAUGGGAGAGGGCAGGCCCGGGCACAAGCGCAAGCAGCCAGUGCCCAAGCGGGUGGCUAAGGUCCUGCGGGCCCCCAGCACCCUGCUGCCAACCCAGGAGGAGCAGGACGAGCUGGAGCCCCUCAAGGGCAAUUUUGACUGGGAGGCCAUCUUUGAUACAGGCACUCUGGGCGGGGAGCUGGGCCCUCUGGAGGCACUGGAGCUGAGCCCCCCACUCAGCCCUGCCCCACACGGGGACGUGGACCUCACUGUCCACGGCCGCCACAUCGACUGUCCGGCCACCUGGGGGCCCCCAGCUGAGCAGGCCACUGACAGUUUGGACUUCGAUGAGACCUUCUUGGCCACAUCCUUCCUGCAGCACCCAUGGGAGGACAGUGGCAGCGGCUGCCUGCCCCCGGAGCCCCUCUUCGAGGCCGGGGACGCCACGCUGGCCGCUGACCUGCAGGACUGGGCCACUGUGGGUGCCUUCUUAUAAGAGGCCGGGCCCAGCCCUGGCUCCCAUGGGACAGUGCCCCACUGCACAUAAUCCUCCCUCCUUCACCACAUGGACCCUAUGGACACUGCAGGACCCCGCAAGGGGCUGGUGGGUGGGCCGGAGCUCCCGUGGCUGGCCCCCACGAGGCCGAACCACCGCCAGCCCGGGCUGCCCUCCAGCUUGAGCCCUGGAGGCCAAGAACUGGGGGCCCAGGACUGCGGCCUCCCCGUCUCCAUCCCCUCCAUACAUACACAGUGUUUCAUUGGUGUGCCCCCUCCCCUCUCCAGCACCUGCGGCAGGGUCCUCAGAGGCCUGCAAGGGGCAGGGGCU